AUGUGUGUUUUUUUUAUUUUAUUUUUACAAAUCACCUUCAAUAGCCCAGGUAGCAACGUCAAAACUUUUCAAUAUAGUAAGGAUGGUGAAUAUCUUGGUUGUGCUUUACCAGAAAGCGUAAAAAUAUUUGAUGCUGAAACUGCUCAACUUGUGAGUGAAAUUCCGAAGAAACAAAUUGUUGAAAUCGGAUUUUCACCAAAGGGAACAUAUAUUUCCACUUGGGAGCGUCCAGUUAAAUCGGCAGAUGGAUCGGUUCAUAAAAAUUUAAUUAUCUGGGAAGUAAUAACUGGAAAACAAUUGAUUUCGUUUACCCAAAAAAGUCAAAACAAUUGGAAUGUUCAAUGGACUGAAGACGAAAUGUAUUUUAGUCGAAUGGUUACUGGAGAGGUUCAUUUUUACGAUAGUAAACGUUUGGAUGAGGGGAUUACUAAUAAAUUACGUUUGGAAAAUAUUGGCGAUUUUUCCAUAUCACCUGGGAAGAGUGCCUCUAUAGCUGUAUUUAUUCCCGAAAAAAACGCAGCACCUGCUAUCGUUCGAAUAUAUUCCAUUGCCAAUUUUAAAGUUCCUUUGGCACAAAAGACAUUUUAUAAAGCCGACAAAAUUCAAAUGAAAUGGAAUGAUUCGGGUACUAAUUUAUUAGUUUUAACCCAAACUGAUGUAGACAAAACGAAUAAAUCAUACUACGGGGAGACAAAUUUGUUCCUUUUAUCAGUGACAGGCAGUUACGAUUGUCGCGUUAUGCUUGACAAAGAAGGUCCGAUCCACGAUGUUACAUGGGGUCCAAGUUCAAAAGAAUUUGUAGUCAUCUAUGGAUAUAUGCCUGCAAAAGCAACGUUAUUUGACCAUCGGGCAAAUCCCAUACAUGAAUUUGGUACUGGCAUAUUCCGUAACACCGUUAGAUUUAAUCCUCAAGGACGAUAUAUCCUUUCUUUAUCUGGAUUUGGCAAUUUGAAAGGAGAAAUGGACAUUUGGGAUCGUAAAACAUUGAAAAAAAUAGCAGAAAUUGAAGCUCCCAAUUCAUCUGAAAGUUCCUGGUCGCCAGAUGGGAUAUAUAUUAUGACAGCAAUAUUAAGUCCACGACUUCGAGUAGAUAACGGUUAUAAAAUUUGGCAUUAUACUGGUAGUUUAGUGCAUAAUCAGAAUAUCGAUGAAUUAUUGCAGAUACAAUGGCGUCCUACAAGUGUUGAAUUUUAUCCUCUGGCUGAUUUGCCUCCAGCACCUGAAAUAACAAAGGGUCUCGCGUCCCCAACAAAAACUGCACCAGCUACAAAAGCAGGUGCAUAUUUACCACCACAUGCACGUGCUCGCGGUGCACCAAGUGCUGUCAAGGUUCAUGAAAAUGGAGCUAAACCCGUAGGAUCUAAAAAUAAAAAGAAACCUAAACAAAAAAAGGAGGAAGAAGUUGCAAAAGAAACUGCUAAAGUUGAUGAGACAGAGAAUAAAGAUCCAACAUCACCGAUAAUAAGUAACGGUAUUAAUAAUAUUAAUAAUUCUGUUGACACGGUAAAAUCUGAUUCUGCGAGUCAAUUAUCGGAAAAGGAUAAAAAGAUUCGAAAUCUGACAAAAAAAUUAAGACAAAUUGAUGAACUUAAAGAGAGACAAAAGAACGGUGAUAAGUUGGAACAAACACAGAUAAAAAAAAUCGAGACUGAAGCAACAUUACGGAAAGAGUUGGACCGUUUGAAUCUUCAAUAG